CUCGGCCCCUCCCUUCGCACUGGGCCGGCAGCGCUUGUUGUUCAGCGGCGGCGGCCGAGCUCGGGUGCAGCCUCGGGCCCGCCGCCGCCGCCGGGACGCUCGGCCAUGGAGCUGGAGGUGCCGGACGAGGCGGAGAGCUCCGAGGCGGGGGCCGUGACGGCCGAGGCGGCCUGGGCGGUGGAGAGCGGAGCGGCGGCAGGCCUGGCUCAGAAGAAGGUGGCCCUAGCAGAGGCCCCGUCAGUGACUGGACAGCCCGGCCCAGGCCAUGGGAAGAGGCUGGGACACCGAGGUGUGGACGCGUCCGGCGAGACCACCUAUAAAAAGACCACAUCGUCCACCCUGAAGGGCGCCAUCCAGCUGGGCAUCGGCUACACCGUGGGCAACCUGAGCUCCAAGCCGGAGCGCGAUGUGCUCAUGCAGGACUUCUACGUGGUGGAGAGCAUCUUCUUCCCCAGUGAAGGCAGCAACCUCACCCCUGCCCACCACUUCCAGGAUUUUCGGUUCAAGACCUACGCACCAGUCGCCUUUCGUUACUUCCGGGAGCUCUUUGGGAUCCGGCCAGACGAUUACCUGUACUCGCUGUGCAACGAGCCGCUCAUCGAACUCUCGAAUCCGGGUGCCAGCGGUUCCCUCUUCUACGUCACCAGCGACGACGAGUUCAUCAUCAAGACGGUGAUGCACAAGGAGGCCGAGUUUCUGCAGAAGCUGCUGCCUGGCUACUACAUGAACCUGAACCAGAACCCGCGCACGCUGCUGCCCAAGUUCUACGGGCUGUACUGCGUGCAGUCAGGCGGCAAGAACAUCCGGGUGGUGGUGAUGAACAACGUGCUCCCGCGCGUGGUCAAGAUGCACCUCAAGUUUGACCUCAAGGGCUCCACGUACAAGCGGCGGGCCAGCCGCAAGGAGAAGGAGAAGAGCCUGCCCACCUACAAGGACCUGGACUUCAUGCAGGACAUGCCGGAGGGGCUGCUGCUCGACGCGGACACCUUCGGCGCCCUGGUCAAGACGCUGCAGCGCGACUGCCUGGUGCUGGAGAGCUUCAAGAUCAUGGACUACAGCCUGCUGCUUGGGGUCCACAACAUCGACCAGCAGGAGCGUGAGCGGCAGGCCGAGGGUGCCCAGAGCCUGGCCGACGAGAAGAGGCCCGUGGGCCAGAAGGCGCUGUACUCCACUGCCAUGGAGUCCAUCCAGGGCGGGGCCGCACGUGGCGAGGCCAUUGACACGGACGACACGAUGGGCGGGAUCCCGGCCGUGAACGGGCGUGGGGAGCGACUGCUACUGCACAUCGGUAUCAUCGACAUCUUGCAGUCCUACAGGUUCAUCAAGAAGCUCGAGCACACUUGGAAAGCGCUCGUCCAUGACGGGGACACGGUCUCUGUCCACCGCCCCAGCUUCUACGCUGAGCGUUUUUUCAAGUUCAUGAGCAACACGGUCUUCCGGAAGAACUCCUCGCUGAAGUCCUCACCGUCUAAGAAGGGGCGCAGUGCCCUGCUGGCUGUCAGGCCCCUGGGGCCCACAGCAGCCCUCUCAGCCAGCCAGAUCCCCAGUGAGCGAGAGGACGCACAGUAUGACCUGCGGGGGGCCCGCAGCUACCCCACGUUGGAGGAUGAAGGGCGACCUGACCUCCUGCCUUGCACCCCACCUUCCUUCGAAGAAGCUACCACGGCCUCCAUAGCCACGACCCUGUCAUCCACCUCCCUCUCCAUCCCUGAGCGGUCCCCCUCCGAGACCUCAGAGCAGCCUCGGUACAGGCGGCGCACACAGUCCUCAGGACAGGACUGCCGGCCCCAGGAGGAACCGCACGCCGAAGAGGACCUGCAGCAGAUCACGGUGCAGGUGGAGCCCGCGUGCAACGUGGAGAUCGUGGUCCCCACGGAGGAGGACGCGGGGGUGGACGCCUGCCCAGCAGGGGCCUCUGCAUCUAUGGUGGAGGCAGAAACCACCAGCCAGGCCUCGGAGCCCGCCAGCCAGGCCUCGGACGAGGAGGACGUGCCCGCCACUGACAUCUACUUUUUCGCCGACGGGAGGCACUGGAUUUACUCUCCCUGCCGUCGCCGAUUGCGGGCCGUGACGCUGAGCUCCUCGGGGACUCCCACCGACGACAGGAGCUGGGUGUACUCCCCGCUCCACUAUAGCACGCAGCCCCAGCCCUCCGACGGCGAGAGCGACACAUAAUUUCUAUGCAGUCCCCCACCCGGGGCCGAGCUUCCGCCACCACCUCAGCCGCUUCCCAGAGGCGCUGCCCGCCCAGCUGAGGCCCGGAGGAGCUCGGGGACACGCCAGCCGCCCCGCGGCCACCCCAGCCAACCUUGUGCUCGUCCUGCCCCCGACGGACGCCGCGGGCCGAACCUGUCUCCCCCACCCCGAUGCUCCACAGGCUGGGCAGUGACCCCGGCCACCCCGCAGUGCACCCGCCGGCCGGCGACCUCGGGAGCGACCUGUCCUGUAUUUAUUUUGGGUUCGUCUUUGCACAGACAGAGGCAUGCGGUGCUUUUAAGGAGAAAAAAGACACAGACCAGAAAAGGAGGAAAUGUGCCCCCAGUCCCGGGGCCCCACGCCCCCACUUUGGUCCCUUGCAUGUAUCCUACAGAGACAAGGCCAUUCCUGCCACCUCGGGACGCGGGCUGUGGACGCCUGGCUGCCCGGUGAGGUUCACGCUCCUCUUCCCGGCGUCUCACUGGCCCCGUGUGCUGAGGCCACCUCCCCCAGAAGCAGAUCUCGCGUGCUUGGCUCAGGUUUGGGGCCUCGGAGCAGGACACGUGUCCUCCAUGCUGGCCCUCGGUGGCUCACUGCCAUGCUGCGCCCCCAGGACAGACACCCCCAGACCCAGGGGCUGGAGCAAGAUGCCCAGGUCAUCACAUUCCUGCCCGCAGUGCGGCUGCCCCGGAUUGGCAGAGCUCAGGGCCGCGUGGACUUGACUGUCCCCGGCGUGGUCCUCACAGUCCCCAGAGGAGUGGACCCCCCCCUCGGGAGAUGCCUCAAAGCAGAGCCUGCGACUUCCAGAGGGCACAGGCUGGGCCUGGGGCGAAGGAGGAGAGCACAGGGGUCCAAGGUGGGCGUACCGGAUGGUCAAGCUGCUCUGGUGUGUCAGCCACUGCAGGCCAGAUCCAGGAGCAUUUCCUCCAGGUGUUCCUCGCUUCUGGUGACGGCCACACUGUCCAGAAGGAAGGAGCUGGCAGAUGAGCCCGUGUCCCCUACACAAGAUGGACAAGGCCCCGUGGAGCGCACUGGGCGGGGCUUGGAGCUGAAGCCCCGCCUCCCAGGACAACAGCAGAAAACCCGCCCACCCACCCUGUCCCUGGUGAAUUUGAUUUUUUUUUUUUUUAAAGCCCACUGCAAGAUGUCAGCCUGCUGUCCAGGCCUCUCCUGGUGUCCCCUCUGCAGUGACACAGUGAGGAGUCCGCCUGCCCUUGCCUGAGCCGCCGACCAGGAGCCCAUAUUGCAGCCUAGACCCUCCUGGGCCCCAGGGACAUUUCCCAGCGGACCAAUAAAAAGGGUUUGUCCAGGCCCCAGAGACAGCUGCGUAGUCACCGUGCCCAGGCCUCACGGACAGAUGUGGCCCCACUGCAGAAGGCGGAGGCCGGAGAGAGCAUGGUCUCCAUGGAAGGGGGGAUUGCACGGGCUGGGGGAGCCUUGGCCCACACACGUGGCUGGGGACCUCCGGGAGGAGAGGUUUGCAGCCCUGUUGCCUGGAUCUCCUGGCAUCCCCGUCCUUGUGCUAAGUCCCGGAGGCCCCUUGGAGCCGUCGUGUGAGCUGUGUGUCUUGUUCCUUUUCUGAAUAUGGCGGGGAGCACAGUGCAGUGGCCCUCGGACUGUUGUUGGGGCCUCGCUUGUCAUGUCGGGGCCGUUGGGGUGGGCAGGAGAGACCUAUUUAUAACGUGACAAAACUCCAGGCCUUCCUCAGAGCCCGGGACGGGGGGGGGCGGGGCGGGUGCACCCAGCCAUCCCCACUCCCUGGAGACCUGUAAAUACCCUGGUGACCCAGCGCCCUCCUGCCUCAGCCUCUCCAACGGCUGCUCUCGAAGACCCUGGACGGUGUCCGAAUCCCUGUACUGUAAAAAUGGAGAGGCAUUUCCUGAGGCUGGCAGGGGGAGGUUCCCACGUGUCCCCUUCCAGCCUGGCCCUCUACCCCCAGGCCGUCCCAGCCCUCCCCACUCACCUCCACACCUGGCUCAGUGCAAUACUCCCGUCCCUGUGGGGUCCGUUGCCAGGGUUGCUGUGGCUGCAGCCCCUCAGUACCCGCCUCCCCAGGAUGAGCACCCCCUCAACACUCCACCUCCAGUGAUUCCAAGGUCCAGGCCACCCCAGUCUCUGUGUGGCUGAACCAUUUCAAAAUAAAAACCGCAAACCUUGUGUCUUAACCCUCACUAGGGGUCCCUCAUCCUCAGUCCUUGGGGUCUGGUGUGUGACAAUCCGGAGCAUGGUUUCCUGUGGCACCUAUAGCCAGGCCAUGUCCUUCCAGCCCAGACCCCUGGGCACCUCAGACAGUACAGCUGCUGCUGGCCCCACAGAAUACCCAUAUGUUGUCCGGGCCCCACCUGCCCACCCCUGCCACACCCCUCUCUUUUUAUGUUGAAGAGAUCUCUAAUAAAUCGGGUAUAAACAUCA